AUGAAGACUACUCUCAAGACUCUAGAAGAUGAAUUUAAAGCAACUAAGACAGAUCUGACUAAUCGUAUUACAGAACUAGAAAAAAAAGCGGUCACGCUGGACCAACUAAAUAACAUACUGUCGGACUCGUCUUUCUCUAAUUGCAAUUUCAAUCCCUGCGUUAAUACUCCUAGCAAUGAUCAGAUCUCAUAUCUCACAAAUAUGCUGAACUCCCUUGAAAAAGAAAGUAAUAAGACAAACAUUUCUAUUACAGGGUACACUUUUACAUCUAAUGACUACGUCUCCGAGUUAAUAAAUUUUCUUAGCUCGAAAUUCGGAAUAUCAUGCUCUAAUAUCUCUCUGAAAGAAUCCCUAAAACGGAUCAUCGUGAAUCUGUUAGAUCUUGAACUGAAAUCGCAUAUUCUCAAGAACAAAAAAUCUAUUCUAGCAGAUACAAAAAUUUUUAUCAACCCGGACCGUACUGCGAAAGAGAGGAUAAUAGACUGGCAUGUAAAAGCUAAGAUUAAGCAACUGGUGAGUGAAGGUACCAAGUUCAGCAGAAAAGGUAACAGGAUCGCUAAGAAUAACUUAGUCUAUUCGUGGAAUGACGCUAAAAACGUUCUUGUUGUGCAGCUAAAAACUUUCGUUAAUCGACUACUCCUCCAUCAUAGCCGAAUGCGAAACCUGGAAAACGCAGCGUUCUCACCACCAUUUCUUGCCAACUACAAUAUAUUCUGGUCUAAUGCUAUUAGAAACCAUGCCAUCAGAAGAGUUAGCGGGGGGCUAAUCACUGCAAUUAACGCCAAUCUCAAUGCAUCUUUACUAGAAGACUCUCCCUAG